CGUGGGAACACCGCCAGCUGAGGGAGGAUCUCCGACCCAGUCGCAGCGAAGAUGGUGGCAGGCACGGGAGUGCAGUUCUCCCGGAGAAGACGGAAAACCAGCCACGAAACUCCCGCUGAGGGUCUGCUUUCAAUUUAGCCCCCCCCUCCCCAGGCCCGGCAGAGAGACUGGGUGGAAAGAAAAGGGGGAGAAAAGGGUGGCAACCAGCGGCGGACGGAAGAGGACGCACCAGAGCGCACAGUGUUGUGUUUGUUGGACCCACGCAUGCCAGCGAAAACUAGCGCUUCACAGAGCCGAGGCACUGGCUGAGAUACGGAGGCAUUGCUGUUGUUCGUGGGCUCGGUUUUACGUUUCAAUAUAAUCGGAUCGAGGACAUGUCCGAGGGCUCUCCUGCAGCGCUCUGGGGGAUUUUCUACUUCUUUGCUCUGGGGGAAUGCGAGGGCAGGAAAUCCAGCCUCAGCUCCAAAUAACCAGAGAACUGGGUCUGCUCUCCGAACGCAGGAAAUACGGCCUGGGAACGAGGAAAAAAAGUUUGGCAGCUUUUGGAAACGAGAGACGGGCCAAUCGCUGACGUUUCACACGCGUUUUGCCACUUGUUUUUUUAAGUGUUUGCGUGUUUCUUCUUUUUUGUGUUAAGCGCUCGUGGGACUGUAGUGAGUUGAAGAAGAUCAUUCAAAUGUUCACACGCCGUUGGUGUUGUUACUGCAAGAGUUUUGAUCAUCACUAUUUAUAGACCAGCCCGUUCCGACCGAGGCAGUUCCUCAUAGCUGUAGCCCAUGUUUUGCCAACUGCGCGCAACAAGUUGCAGACACUCCCAGCAGAGGCAAACCUUCACCAAACCGGGGCCAGCGGAUGGUGUUUUCUGCGCUUCUCUUCGCGGAUUACGCGUCUUCGGGUUGCGCACACGCCUCCCCAGACCCCCCCAUCGGAAGGCAGAGGGGGAAUAAACGGUGGAGAUCCGGAGAGGGAGUUCAGGAAAGGACGGGGCUGGAUCCGUGGGAAUAGGCCUGCCUGUCAGGCCUCCCUUGAUCGGAUUCUUGGACUACAUGGACAGGGCUCCGAAAUAACCCAGUCUGGAAUAUUUGCGAGGGCCCACUGGAUUACAAAUGGAAGAAGAGUGUAUGAGAAGAAGAAAUGCAAACCCAUAGUGCAGCCGAGCAACACAUGAGAAGGGGUGUAGUGGAAGGUAAAGCCCCUUGGAUUACAAAUGUUCCACUUUUUUCUUUUUUAACAGUGUACCUACUUUUUUAUUUGUCAUUAUCUUUUUUAGGUAAAACACUCACACCGUAGCUCUGAGGUCUAAAGAGCAAAAGAACAGAUACAUUACUACUUUACUAUAUUCUUCUUAUAGUUUAGAUGCUUUAUAAUCCAGAAUGUCCACAUAUUUCUUAUCUGAGCACUGCUAGUUGUUCAUAACAACACUGGGCGUGUUUUCACGAAGGGAAAGGACGAGCACAUUGACAGUUGUGGAGAUAAGAGAGACACAGUAACUUUUGGAGCUCGCUCGCUGCGCAGUACGCCAACUGUUGACAGCCUGUGUGUGUGUGUGUGUGUGCUCCUGUACAAUGAAGCCCUGGACCUGAGCGCUGUUUUCCACCUUCUCCCCUCCACAAAAACACAGUUCUCUCGGAAUGAAGACAGAAUCGGGGUCUUUUCUCCUGAAGCUGUACUGACUGUGUGAUGCCAGCAGCAUCGAGAUAUUGCGCACGUCCAGAGGAGGCGACUUCCAGUCAUGUAACGUCAGGAGCGACUGGAUGAAGGCGUAAGAGCAAGAAGCCCGUUGCAUCACCGACCGGUCCUUUUCGAGAAGGAUGUUCAGUUCAGGAGGAAGAAGGUUUUUACCGCAGCUGGAGAGAGAGCCGGGAUCAAACCCAGAGCCUCUUCGGAGGAGGACGCAUGUGAUGUGAGUACUGACGCAAACCGGGCUCGGAUAAUGACCUGCUCAAGAAACUGGAACGGUGCGUCUUGUGUGAGUGAGUGUGCAGGCUGCUGUGUGCGUAGAGGAGACGUCUGUUCGGCGCUCACCAUUCAUGCAGCGUGAUUCUUCCAACAAACACCUUUGCUCUCUCUCCCCCUUCCUCCCUGUCACUCUCCCGCCGCCGCCUCCUCCCCCCUCGCCGUGCCACAUGUGCACACGCGGCGCCCACGCACCGCGUCUUGUUGCCUGAGCGGCAUCAGAAGAUAUUAUUAAUAUAACCCCCACACACACACACACACCUCCAACCAUCGUCUCCGCGUCUCACAGCAGUCAACAUGGCCACUCUGCAACAUCACCGGCAGCUUCUCGUGCGUGGCACUGAAGUCAGCUGUGACUCCAGCGGGGAUGGCGCCGUGACCGUGCGAAUUACCAACAGCGCGCCACACGCACAUCAACGUGAGCCACUGAGGGCAGUCAACAGUGGAGGAGGAGGAGCUGGAGGCUGUGGGGCUGUGAGUAAAAUGAACCCUGACCUCCACAAAUACAGCAUCUCCUCCAGCUGCAGCUCAGCAGAGUCCAGGCCUGCUGGGACCUCCAUUUCCAGGGUGCAAAGGCAGGCGCCGCCUUUGUUCGAACGCUCUGCUGCCCAGUGCUGGGACCCCAAGUUUGACUCCCCGAUCCUGGAAGAGGCGUGCCAAGAGAGGUGCUUUCCUCAGACGCAGCGCCGCUUCCGCUAUGUCCUGUUUUACCUUGCAGUGGCUGCUGUACUCUGGGGGGUGUACUUUGGGGUCAACAAAGACCGCUGCAACCCCAUGAUCUUCCUAGCCCCCACAGCAUCCUUUUUUGUUCUUCUAGUGCUCUUCUUUUUGUUCACCUUCACCCAGCCAUACACAUGGCUGUACAACCAAACCUCUUUGGUGCUGAUAGCGAUCACCUUCGCCAUCACCUUAGCUCCCCAGAUACAGACUGCUGGUUUCACUGAGCUGGAGUGGGCUGGUGGUGGGAAUGCCUCAUAUCGCUCACUAGACGAACCAGCACAACUUACAAUCCAUUGCAUCUCCCCUGUAGGCACCUUUUCCCUGUGCAUGGAGGUUUUGCUGUUGUUAUACAGUGUCCUCCAUGUCCGUCUGUAUGCCUCUGUGAUGCUUGGGCUCCUCUAUUCUAUAUUAUUUGAGGCAUUAGGAUGGCUGCCAUUGCUUCAAAGGAGUUAUGACACUGCCAGAUGGGGAACAGGGACAGAGGGUUCAGGUUCUGAUUGGGAAACACUCGGCUGGCUCGGCCCGGCCAAAGCUCUGCUUCACUUGUGUGCUCAUGUCAUUGGCAUCCACCUGUUUAUCAUGUCGGAGGUUCGUUCCCGCAGUACUUUUCUCAAAGUGGGCCAAUCUAUCAUGCACGGCAAAGACUUAGAAGUGGAGAAGGCCUUGAAGGAGCGCAUGAUUCACUCUGUGAUGCCACGACGAGUUGCAGACGAGCUGAUGAAGCAGGGUGAUGAUGAGGGCUGCGGCGAGAACUCUGGCAAGCGUUAUUCCUCCGGUGCUUGCUCUGCCUCGGCCAUCUCAGUGGGUGGUGGAGGAAGCUGUGGAGUCUCACAAGCCCAAAGUUCCACAAGCCCCAAAAAUCAUGCUCACAACAAUCACAAACGCAAGAAGACCUCCAUCCCCCGUGGACAGAUAAUAUUUAGGCCCUUUAACAUGAAACGCAUGGAGCCUGUGAGCAUCCUCUUUGCAGACAUUGUGGGUUUCACCAAAAUGUCUGCCAACAAGUCAGCCCCAGCCUUGGUGGGCCUUCUCAAUGACCUGUUUGGACGUUUUGACCGGCUCUGUGAACUAACCUGCUGUGAAAAGAUCAGCACCCUGGGAGACUGCUACUACUGCGUGGCAGGGUGCCCUGAGCCCAGACCGGACCAUGCCCACUGCUGUGUAGAGAUGGGCCUGGGCAUGAUCCAGGCCAUCGACCAGUUCUGCCAGGAGACGUGUGAGGCUGUCAGCAUGCGUGUUGGCGUCCAUACGGGUACCGUGCUCUGUGGGAUCCUUGGAAUCAAGCGCUUCAAGUUUGAUGUAUGGUCUAAUGAUGUAAAUCUGGCUAACUUGAUGGAGCAGCUAGGUGUGGCAGGCAAGGUCCACCUGUCAGAAGCCACUGCCCGAUUCCUGGAUGACCGUUACCAGAGCGAGGAUGGGCGGGUGGCAGAGAGAGCUGGCCAGAGUGUGGUGGAGAAACUAAAGGGGCUGCAGACCUACCUGAUCUCAGGGAGGAAGUUGGAGCUCGAUGUGCAGUGUGGCUGUUCUCAGGUGGGACUGCCUGGUGGGGAUUUUGCCGCGGUCGGCCUGUCCUCCUGUCCUCAGCCCCACACACCAGACCUCAUCCCUGGGGGAGCGCAGGCUGCAGAGCUCCUGCUGCCCCACCAGCCACCAGACAGGAUCGGGCCUCCCUGUGUGUCCCGUAGCGUGGCCUUGUCUGCGGGAACAGAGCAGGGCGAUGAUGUGGCUGUGUUGAAUGGCUGCCAGGAAGAGCACAAGACAAGUAGUGCCAAGUUCAUCCCAGGUCGCACCCCCCGGGCGGCCAACGGCCUCCUGAGUCCCCCACUGGAAGACCCAGUGCGGGCCAGCCAGAGCUCCUUGUGUGACAUGCUUCAGGAGAAAGAGAAGAAGACCAGCACCAGCACGGGGACUGGCACCAGUCUAGGCAUGGCUGGAGGCGCGGGGGCAGCGGGUCCAGGUAUGGACCACUCCGCUCUGAUUCAGCUGCGUGCCAAGAGCUUCAGAGAGAAGAGCGACGCCCACUUUGUGGACGUUAUCAGGGAGGACAGUCUGAUGAAAGAUUACUUUUUCAAGCCACCAAUCAACAAGAUCAGCCUCAAUUUCCUAGAAAGAACUCUGGAAAAGGCCUAUCGCAGCAGCUACAAGGAGGAGGUGAAAAACCAGGCUCAGGUGCAGACGUUUGCCAGCUCCACCUUCAGCUCCUUCCUGGACGUUCUCCUCAGCUGUUUUGUCUUCCUGGCCCUGACCCUGGCCUGCUUCCUGCCACCUCUCGUGAGCCCAGUCAGUGUGGGUCCUCCAGCCCGCGCAGCCCUGGCCCUGGCUCCCCUGGCCGGUCUGCUGGAGCUGGCCUCUCUGGUGCUGUCCAUACGUAUGGCCUUUUAUCUGGAGGAGGUGAUGAACUGUACCCGCUCCCUGCUCCUGGUGGUCUCUGGAUGGAUUCCCCAUCAUGUGAUUGGGGCCGUGUUAGUGUCCCUCCCUGCCAUCUCCGUCUUAUCCCACCUCACGUCCAGCGUCCACCUGCCCCUCCAGGUGACCAUGUUCCUGUGCUGUGCCACCAUCCUGGCCAUCAUCCAGUACUGCAACUUCUGUCAGCUCAGUUUCUGGAUGCGCUCGGUCCUGGCCACUGCCACGGGGGUCGCUCUACUGCUGCUGCUGUACAGCCCCAUACACAGGUCCGGUAAUAACAGCUUGCCAGUUCAUGGACUGAACGUCUCCACAUCGAGUGAUGGUGGCUCAGAAUCAGGCCCUGACCCUCCCCCACGACCUCUCGACCUUUUGGUCCCUGAGGCCGUCCUGGCUUUCUUCCUGCUUCUUCUACUGGUCUGGUUCCUCAACCGGGAGUUUGAGGUCAGCUACCGUCUCCAUUACCAUGGCAACGUCGAGGCUGACAAACAUCGCUCCAAGAUCCAGAUGAUGCGAGACCAGGCCGAGUGGCUACUGGGCAACAUCAUCCCCAUCCAUGUCGCUGACCAGCUCAAGGUGACCCAGAGCUACUCCAAGAACCACAACAGUGUUGGCGUGAUCUUCGCCAGUAUUGUGAAUUUCAGCGAGUUCUAUGAGGAGAGCUACGAGGGUGGGAAAGAGUGCUAUCGUGUCCUCAACGAGCUCAUUGGAGACUUUGACGAGCUCCUUCGCAAACCUGAAUUCAAAAGCGUGGAAAAAAUCAAAACAAUCGGCGCCACCUACAUGGCGGCGUCGGGACUGAACGUCCAGCAGCUGGCUGAGAACGAGGAUGACUCUCCGCACGCACACCUGAGGGCCCUCUUCGACUUCGCCCUGGAGAUGAUGGGCGUCCUGGACGACUUCAACAAGAACAUGCUCGGUUUCGGCUUCAAGCUCCGUAUUGGAUUUAAUCACGGGCCACUGACAGCCGGGGUGAUAGGCACCACUAAGCUGCUCUAUGACAUCUGGGGAGACACGGUCAACAUUGCCAGCCGCAUGGACUCCACGGGUGUCGAGUGUCGGGUGCAGGUGAGCGAGGAGAGCCACGCUAUGCUUAGCGCCAUGGGGUUAGAGUUUGACUAUCGAGGUACUGUGAAUGUUAAGGGCAAAGGUCAAAUGAGGACCUUUCUAUACCCCAAAAGUGGGGAAAGUAUAUGUCAAGAUUGCAUGGAGCAGGCCAUCGGGGAAGGACCCUCGUCCGUGGCAUUACCGGCCAAUAAGACUUCAGGAUCUGUUCCCCAGGCAGCAGGUUCUCCUCCCUCUUCUCCCUCUUCUUCUCCUCCUCAGCCCCAAAGCGCUGUAAGGCCUUCAGGAGCAGGGCCUGAGCCUGUCCCAGCUCGGUCUGCAGAGAUGAGGGAGGAAGGAUAUACGGACGCUCCACACCUCCACGGGCAGCCCACUGCCACAGACAUUCACCCCCCUCCUCGCUCUGAACUAGGCCCAGAACCUAGUGCUGCACAAAUGCCCUCCCAGGUGCAGCCUGCUCCUCUCGCACUUCAAGAGGAGGAGGACGAAGAGGAGGAAGCCACUGAGCUGUCAAAACUCAACGAGGAGUUUUAUGCUCGUCUCUGAUCCCUUCCUCUCCCCUCCCCCCUGUCUCCUGUCCCUGAUCUGCAUCCCCAGGACUGAUUGCAGGUGCGGGGCAGGAUGUCCCUCCCAUUAGACAAGUGUCUUUAGCAUGGUUGAAGAAGAGGGAGUUAAUCACGCCAACACCAACAGUGGCCACAGUGGUGAUUAACGUGGCCAAUAACAUCUUUUACAGGAAUGUUGCCUGAGUGCUGGGGUGGGUUAGACCUGUGUUGAGCACAGCAGUUUAUUAUGGAGAAAAGGUUGAAAGGGAUUAAGAGGGAAAAGAAGAUUUUUUGGAGAUGUUGUUGAUGUUUUUUCUUUUUUUUGUUAUCAAGUGCCUUCAGGACUAGAAAAGUGAACAAACAAAUAUGAAUGCUGAACAAAGUUUUAACAAUCUUAGACUACGGAAGAUGCUGUGGUUUCUUACUCCAUGCUCUUAUUUUCAAUGCAAGUAUUUCUUAAUAGAAUCAUUAUUGUCAUGGCAUAUCAAACUUGAUCAAAGCCUUGACCUUAUACUUAAGGGAAAAAAAGAGAUUCUUUAUAAGUGCCAGUGCAGCGUGAUGGGCUGAGCAGGAAAACUAAGGGAAGAAUGAGGGACUCACAUGAAGCAGUGUUAAUUUAUGUGUUGUGCUUUGACAUGAGGGCUUAAUACAUUAUUAAUUUGUCCUAGACUCAAAUGCUACAAAGCAAGCUGCAUAGAUUUUAGUUUGUGUAGCAGCUAAAUGCACAUUUUAAGCACAGGUCUUGCACAGUUUUUUCUCUACCACUUGUAUUUGGUAGUUAUUACCGGGAGAAGACUUUUACGAUUUUUUAACAAGAGUUCUUGUCUUUCACAACAAGUACAAUCAAAAGCACAAAAUCAGAAUCAGAUAAGGGAAUACAGUUUUGGAAGAAAAUGUGAUUUUUAAAAAGUGAGAUCGUAAGAAAAGUAGAAAGGCACUUUAAAUAUGCUUUAGGGGUUAUUCCACAUUUGAGUAACAGACUCUCACCCCACGUAGAACAAAGAGGUGGCUGUAAAAAUGUAUGUUAGUCUAAAAAAGAAAAAACAGAUGGCAAUUGUGAUCAACUUCAGUUGAUGCUGGUUAAAUUGGAUUUUGCAGAAACUUAUCAAACCAAUCCUGCACUAUAAUCUAUGAUGGAGUAUCACGUUCAUAUUGAUGAAAAACUAAAUAAAUGUCAGAUUUCGAGAAUUUUGUAAUAUUAUAAGAACAAAGUCAUAAAAUAAUGAAAACAAAGUCGUAAUAUUAUAUGAGUACAGUUGUAAUUCAAUGACAAAUGAGUCGUAAUAGUAGGAGAAUAAGGAAACAAAAAUUUAGCAGCAAGGAGAACCUGUGCUCGCUGGAGUUUCACUCCUUCAGGAUCCACAUCUCGAUCACUUAUCUCACAGUUUCUAGAGAAACUACAAAACUCACGCAGAUGUAACCAACGGUAUCAAACAUUUUCUCCUCCACAAAAGAAGCAACGUCCCCCAAGUCUGAGUGAAUCUUUCUUUGGAAUAAUCUUUAUUGGAGCCGAGCCUCACAGGCUAGAUUGUACACUACUGUGCUGUAUAAAAAAAUGCUAACUAAAACCUUUUUAAACACUGAAAUUCUAUAUUUUUGUUGUUGCUAAAAAAAAUCCAAUGAAAAGACCAAAACCAACAAAGUGUAAAUGCAUCUCUCAACACUUCCUGACUUUUCCAUCCUCAGCCCAAAUUUCUAGUAUUUUUGGGCGUGAUGACAGGAACGACAUGCAACAGAGGUGCCUGGACAUACAUGAACUGGGGGAUGCUCUGGUUUAUGGUCAGCAGCACCUUAACUCAUAGACCACCAGGGCAGUACAUUUUGUAUUUGUUGGGGGACUAUUUUCAGUGGUGGAUUUGCUGUGGUAGUUUGUAUUUAUGGCAGCAGGACAGUGCAUGUGGGAUUAACUUAAAAUAAACAACUGACCCCUUAUUUAUUCAAGAAGGGAGCAUGUCUCCCAUCACUAACAAUGCACUUCAGAGAAAUUAGAUUAGAUUUCUUUUCAAGGGAUAAAAAGAGAGAAUGUGACCAGACUUAAACUUUAAAACCCACAGUGGGGUGAGAGUUUGAUACCCAGAGUAUGUUGAGGGUGGAGUAGGCACUGGAAGUGAAACUGUGAGGGACAAUCACUGGGUAGUUCUCGAUAAAUGAUUUGGUGGUCCACGUUGCUCUUGGUUGCAGUAUCAAAGCACAGAUCAGCUACGGUCUCGGUCUCUUCUGUAGAACCUCAGACUCAAAUUUAGGGACGAUCCAUUCUUUGCCUUCAUUGCUGAAUAAAAGACAUCAACAUCGGUCUGUCCAGUACUUUAGAUUUACUCAGUAGCUCAGUAUUGUCUGCCUUUGGCUGUGGGAUUUGUCGUUGAAGGGGUGGGACGUUUCACUUUGACCCUGUUAUGGGCCCCUUCAUUGAGGGGAGCCUCUACUGUAACAAUAUACUUAAAUUUUGCCACUUUAAUUGAGUGAUCUAUAGGUGCAGUGCAACCUAAAGUAGCUGAUUGUUUUGUGGUGCCUAAAACUAUGACUGUAUUUUUUGAGUACUUUGGUUUUCAUAAAGUUUUUUUUUUAUCAUGCUGUUGUCAUAAUGAGAGUAGAUUAUGAUUGUAUGUUUGAUGAAAUUAUGCUUGUUGUGCAGGUUUUUCUGCAUUUGAUUGGACAAAUUCCAUCUUUUUUUUCUUUUUGCUCUUUUCCAGUUCCUUCAUUGUCAUUAACUGGCUGCCUGGAAUAAUAUGGUGGUGUUCGAAUACCUGGCACGUCUGAAGCUCUCUUUGCUCUUCUACUCACUUCAUGCUUUGUCUUUACUCCUGAAAACACUUGUUUCACCUUGAUGUGUGUGUGUGUGUGUGUGUGUGUGUGUGUGUGUGUGUGUGUGUGUGUGUGUGUGUGUGUGUGUGUGUGUGUGUGUGAGUGAGAGAGAGAGAGAGAGAGAGAGAAAGAUAUUUAAGUUUACUCCAAUUCAAAGUCAAUCACCAAUGAGAGAUUACUGUUAAGUGAUGCAAAAGGGAAAUAAUCAAUAUCAUCAGUAUGGCCUCUGUUUAAUUGGGAUUUUGCUGACGCUGCCUUAUCCGUAGAGGAUGCACAAAGUUGCAUUCUUUGAAAGGGAGAAGAGACAAAUCCUGAAGUUUGAAAUUUGCAUAAUGAUCCUGCAAACACAGACCACCACCAUCGUUUAAGGACAGGUCAACAUUUAGGCUUUUAAUAAUCUUCCUUUUGAAGCAAUGACCACACGCAUAGAUACAAGGAUGGAAUUAAAACAUUCAAAUAACUCUAUUUAUGUAGCUACCUAAAUCUGUAGCAUAAAGAGCAUCCUUGUUUUCCUCUGCCACUGUGCACUACAAACAUACACAACCAGUGCCUUUUGAAUUAUGGAUAUGUCAGCUCUGAUUAUCUGUAUCAAAUAAUCAUGAUAACCCCAGUAGCACAAAAAUCCAAAGACGUAUCUCUAUUGGAGCUGUCCCCAGAAUAACACAAAAAUAGCUUCAUCAGAUUUGCUCUGCAAAAUCUUUUUCAUUGCUUUUAGUAGCGUUCCAAAGCACAUCUCUCGCUCCGCUAUUAUAAUGCAUAUUGUCACCAUGCUCAUGCCUAAUUAAUCACAACACACAUGGUAAUGGAAACAAAUGAGAAUCCCAAGUAUUAAUUGUGAAGGAAGGUUUCUUACCCCCCCCGAACACACACACAUACACACGUGCACGUUUUACAGAUUACCCUUCUGCCUUAAUGUCAUGAGAUAAUCCUCUGGGAUUUUCAGGCCACUGCACUGUAGCUGUCCAUAUAUCAGAUACAAUCCAUAGUAGAUUUGAGGUGUGGGACUCCACAGGUUGAUGGGCACACCACCUCUCCAAUACAGCGCACAUCUGUACACACGUAUGAAUAAAAUAUUACAGCGAACACUGCUGGCUCUGUGAUCUGUGGGGGAGGAGAAUGUGUUCUUGUUCCCAUGGGAAUGAAUGGACAAUUUUCUUGUUUGCUCGACACACUACAUUUUAGCUUGAUUCUGUACCAUACUCAUAAACUUUCAUUUAAUUUCCGUGUCAUUUUGCCCUCACUUAUAUUGAACAUUACACGCGGGAUUCCUCAAAUCAAUCAUUUUGGGUUGUUUGGACGUUGUCCCUCUCUGACAGUGUGUAUGUGUGUGUGUGUGUUACCAGGUUUAUUUUAGAGGGAAAGAAGUGGACCCAGAAGUCCAGUGCUAUGUUUGGGGAAAGAAAUGCAAUCAAUUUAACAGCUGAGUGCGUUGAGGAGAAGUUAAUUCAUCCCGUAUUGUUGAAGAAGUGUGAUUCUGCUCUGUGACAGAAAUACAAGAGAGAAGCAUAAUUGAAAAUAGUGUUUAAUCAGCACUAAAGGCAUCACAGCAAAAAAUAGCGUCGCUCUUCACUAAAAAUACUGUAUGUGUUUUUAAUUAAACUGGGACAAAAUUUAGAUGAGUUAUUUGAUUUUAAGUCUUUGUAUUUGCUUUAUGUUUCUGAAUGAUAUGUAUUAUGUAUGUUUUGUGCACAUUACCCAUGUAUCAUUUAUCAACACAUGAUCGUAAUCUGUACACAUUUGCACAAAGCACUGUGUUUGUACAUAUGCAGUUAUUUUAUGUCACAUAUGAUUUUUUUUAUACAUGUGUCCGAUUUUGCCAGAAAACAAUGAAAAGAGACACAUAUUAUCAAACUGA